AUGUCUGUCGCAGGCAUUGACGUAGGAGAUUCAACAUCAUGCGUGGCCCUGGCACGCAAGGGAGGUGUGGAUGUCAUCCUGAAUAAAGAAUCCAACCGCGAGACACCCAGCGUUCUGACCUUCAAUGCCAAGCAGCGCCAACUGGGAACCGAUGCUGUGGGCGCGAUGGCCACCAACCCACGCAACACCGUGAGCCAGGUCAAGCGGCUGCUGGGCAAGAAGUUUUCCGACCCCGCCAUCCAGGCCGACCUGCAGUACCUGCCGUACAAGGUGGUGGAGGGCGCCGACGGCGGCUGCGAGGUGGAGGUGCAGUACCUGGGCGCCGCCACGCGCCUCUCCCCCGAGCAGCUCAUGGCGGCACUGCUGGUGGACCUGCGCCAGCUGGCAGAGCGCGAGCAGGGCGCGCCCGUGACGGACGCCGUGCUGGCGGUGCCGGUGUACUUCACCGAGGCGGAACGGCACGCCAUGUUGGCCGCGGCCGGCACCGCCGGCCUCAAGUGCCUGCGCCUGCUCAACGACACCACUGCCACCGCGCUGGCCUGGGGCAUCUAUCGCACCGACCUGCCGGAGGACACCCCCGUCAACGUCGUUUUCAUCGACGUGGGGUACUCCGCCACCCAGGUCUGCGUGGUGGCGCUGCGCGGCCGCGAGCUCAAGGUCCUGUCCUCCGCCUGGGACCGCGAUCUGGGCGGCCGCAACUUUGACAACGUCCUCUUCGAGCACUUUCUGGAGUUGUAUGCCACUCCCAUGCCGAAACCCCGCUUCCAACCUACUCACCGACGGUUUUCCAUUCUCACAACCAACAGGGAGUUUGAUGCCAAGUACAAGCUGGACAUCAAGGGCAACCUACGCGCCAGCUUCCGCCUGCGCGGCGCAUGCGAGAAGGCCAAGAAGAUCCUGACCACCAACCCCGAGGCGGUGGUCAGCGUGGAGUGCAUUGCCGACGACAAGGACGUGGCAGGGUCCAUCACACGCGAGGUGUUUGAGGAGGAGGCCAAGGCCACCCUGGACAAGCUGGUCCAGACCGUGCUCAAGGCUGUGGAGGACGCGGGGCUGACCCCCGAGACCGUGAGUAACGUCGAGUUUGUGGGCGGGUCCAGCCGCGUGCCGGCCGUCACGCGCCACGUCACCGACUACUUUGGGCGCGAGCCCAACCGCACGCUGAACGCCACUGAGACCGUGUCUCGAGGCUGCGCGCUGCAGUGCGCCAUGCUCUCCCCGGCCUUCAAGGUGCGUGACUUCCAGGUGCAGGACACCUUCCCCUACGGCAUCCAGCUCACCUGGCAGAAGGAGGGCGAGCGUGUGACCAGCACCGUGUUUGAGCGCGGGUCCCACGUUCCAAGCGCCAAGAUGCUGACCUUCUACCGCACCGAGCCCUUUGACAUCGAGGCGGCCUACACGCCGGAGUCCGACCUGCCCAGCACCGCCGACGCGCGGAUUGGUGGGUCGGUUGGUUUGUCCAGGGGGGAGGGGCGAUGUGUUGGGGGCAUGGAGGGCUCGUGUUUGGAGAGGAGGGUGUGGAGAGUGGCCGCACGGCUCCGGAGGGACUGCCGUUUGGGGCUGCCAUGCCUCCUCAGCGGGUGCUGUGAGAGGUGCUGCCGAGGAGUGCACUGGCUUGCUGUCGUCCCGAGUCGUGGCCAGACAUGCAUAGCCGAGGCAGCCACUGGGCAGGCUGACGGGCAGGCCUGCCAGAUGCUGUGGGAAGUGCCUCCAUACCAUGCCACAUCUGAGUCCGGUUGCACCACCUGCCGUGUCCUCUCACGCCUUCUCUCGCCACCAACUGCGCGCAGGCUCCUUUAA